AUGAAGUCAUUCGCGGGUCACUUGGUAACCGGGUUGAUUUUGGCGGCGGCAUUGCCGUCCGUCAAUGCCGAAGGGUACGUUGUGUUUGACGAUUCGAAAUGCGCCGACCCGGCCUCCGUGACCAUGUUCCCUGACUCUGGGUCGUGUCCUGCUGAGUGUACCCUCUCUGGUGAUGGGGUCUAUAUUGAACAAGUUUGCACAUCCGACUACUUCACGCUCGCCUCGUCGACCUUUGCCAAGGCCCCCUAUUUGGUGGCCGAGUAUUACGCCGACUCGAGCUGCACGACCAAACAGGGCUUUCAAGCUUUCUCAGCGGACGGGAAGUGCCACGUUGUGACUGACUACAGCGUCAAAGCGACCCUGAACAGCGAUGGAUCGGGCGUUUUGCAGACGUACGACGACUUCCAGUGCAAGGAGAGUUUGGAUGAUGCGAAUGCGCUGACAAAGGAUGCGCUCACUGCGCAUUCCUGUACGGGAUACAUCAAAUAUUAUGCCUUCAACGCUGCCACGACGACUGCCACUGGCACUGGCACGUCGGCAGCGGUUCCGUUGCUGAUAUCUUCUGCUGUGGCUGCCUUCCUUGGAGGUCUUGCCGCUGUGCUUCUUUGA